CAGUCCAACAACUCUACUACUGUCAUCUCAUUAUGACUUUCCUAGUAAAUUCACUCACACUCUGAAUUUUUCAACUUCAGUCAGUCAGUACCGUGCUGUUAAAUUUGUUUCCUUUUAUCUCGUACCAAACUCUGUUUCUACAUAAAUACUCCUCCCCUCCCUUUCGAAUAAAUACACAACAAGAGAGAAACAAACCCAGAAUCAGAAAAUUAAACCCGUUUCUUGAUGAUGGAAUUCAAGAAUCACCCGUUCUUGUUCAUCAUCAUCAACUUCUUCUUCUUCAUCUUCUUUAUUUUCUCUUCAAUUUCUUCUUAUCAAAUUCAAUCAUUCCCGUUACCACCCAAGAUCAAUGGUGGGAAAUGGGUUCUUUUGAAACAGAGUAUUGGGAUAUCAGCAAUGCAUAUGCAAGUACUGAAUAAUAAUAAAGUUGUGAUCUUUGAUAGAACUGAUUUCGGUGCUUCUAAUCUAUCAUUACCCUUUGGUGUAUGUAGGUUUGAUUCAAAUGAUGUUGCUUUAACUACUGAUUGUACAGCUCAUUCUUUGAUUUAUGAUAUUUCUUAUAACUCAAUAUCACCAUUAAUGGUUCAGACUGAUACUUGGUGUUCUUCUGGUUCUGUUAUUUCAAAUGGAACCCUAGUUCAAACUGGGGGUUAUAAUGAUGGUGAUCGUGUUAUUCGUAUUAUAUCUCCUUGUCAACAGCAGCAGCAGCAGAAUCAGAAUUGUGAUUGGAUUGAAGUACCUGAGUAUCUCUCUGUUAGAAGAUGGUAUUCUAGUAAUCAAAUUCUUCCUGAUGAUAGAAUUAUAAUUGUUGGUGGAAGAAGAGCUUUCAGUUAUGAAUUCUUUCCAAGAAAACAACAACAACCCGGUACCGGCAAUUCUUCUUAUUAUUUAGGGUUCUUGGAAGAAACCAGAGAUCAUUAUGAUGAGAAUAAUCUUUACCCAUUUCUUCAUCUGUUACCAGAUGGGAAUUUGUUCAUCUUUGCAAACAGACGUUCGAUCUUGUUCGAUUAUACGGGUAACCGGGUUUUGCAAGAAUAUCCGAUGAUACCCGGUGAUGAUAAAAGGAAUUAUCCAAGUACUGGUUCGUCAGUUUUGUUACCAAUACGUUUAUCAGGUUCGAAUUCAUCAUCGUCGGGAAACCACUUGCCGGAAGCAGAGAUUAUGGUUUGUGGCGGUGCACCACCAGGCGCAUAUGCUCAAGCUCAGCAUGGGAAUUAUGUCGGAGCAUCAAAAACAUGUGGGCGAAUUAAGGUGACUGAUCCGAAACCCGAAUGGAUAAUUGAAGAAAUGCCCAUGACACGUGUCAUGUCCGAUAUCCUAAUCCUUCCCACCGGUGAUUUGAUUAUCAUUAACGGAGCUCAUAAUGGUACAGCCGGUUGGGAAUCAGCAGUUAAUCCGGUUUUACAUCCGGUUCUUUAUCUGGUAAAUGAACCAGAUCCGGAUCAGCGAUUCAAGGUACUAAACCCAUCACCCAUACCCAGAUUAUAUCAUUCCUCUGCCGUUUUAUUACCGGAUGGCCGUAUUUUAGUCGGAGGCAGUAAUCCGCACAGAUUAUACAAUUUUACCGACGUGACUUACCCAACUGAGUUAAGUCUAGAAGCUUAUUCACCACCUUACCUUUCGGAUCAGUACUCAAAUCUCCGCCCUAGGGUCAUAUCAGUAGGACCCACCGGCUCAUCCUUAAUAUAUCAAGGGAUGUUUACCGUUACGUUGUACUUACCGUUUUAUCCCGAAAAGGAUUUAUCGGUGACGUUAUUAUCACCGUCUUUUACUACACAUUCUUUCGCUAUGAAUCAGAGAAUGUUGGUGUUGAAAGUGGUGAGUCUUCUUCAGCUGUCUACCACCGUUUAUCAGCUAAGUGUGAUUGGUCCACCGACGCCUAAGAUCGCUCCACGUGGGUAUUAUAUGUUGUUUGUUGUUCAUGAUUUGAUCCCUAGUGAAGGUGUCUGGUUGAAGAUGGAGGGUUAAAAAAAAUUGUUAGUAAUAUUUUUUUUUUUUACCCAUUUCUUGUGGUGUAAUGUAAAUUAAUCUAGGGUGCCUUAAUCUAGUGAUUUGAUGUAUUUUUUAUAUUCUUUGCAAUGAAACAAGUUACUGUUUGGGGUUCAUGAAUAUACUUGAUUUGGUUUU